GGGCGAGGUUUGGCACGACCGAGGCUCCGCAGGGUGGCCCAGCCCUGCCCGAGCCCAGGGCUUGCCCCAGCGUGGGGGAAUAUGCCCUCUUUCUGUCAAACUUAAUUUAGGCCUGGCUGGGACACAACAAAAGCAGCUUGUUUGCAGGGCAGGGUCCUCCUUCCCGGCACUCCGCAGGCGCUCGGAGCCAUGAAAGCCACCCCUCCUCCUUCAACAAAUUUUUCCUCCUCUUCCCUGCUGCCCAGCCUCCUCGCUCCUCCUCCUUUCACUGAAAAAAAACCCCCCUUUUUCAGUGAGCGACGCAUGGCCCUACAGUAAAACCUUCAAACUGGCCACAAAGCACCCAAAUGCUGCGGCCCUUCUCUGCCUCUGUGACCCAGCAGCCUGCACUGGUUGUAUCAGCCUUGCUCUGGGGACAUUCCCAAAACUGCCUUGCUCACCAGGAUGGUGACAGCCUCCCAGAGAUGGUGUCCUGGGCAUUUCACACCUUCCUGACCCCACAGGGAGCUCUGUGGCCUCGGGCACCCUGGUUUGGUGGCUGGGACACUGGGGUCCAGUCCUGAACCUUGCUUGUGCUGUUCCCACAACACCCCAUGGCUGCUUUGCCAGCUGAAAUUCCCACAUUGUGGGAGCUGGGAGCAGUCAGGCACUUGUGGGGUCUGACCCUCAAAAUGUGCCAGGAUGGUCUCUUCAGCAGAGUGCGUGGACACAGUGGGUUCCAUCCAGACCCUUAAUUCCAGUGAAGAGGCAGCACAAGUGUUUUACUCAUCAUUCCAGUUUUCCCUUGCAGAUUAUUUAUACAAAGAGGGGCUGGGGUGAAACCAGACCUUUCCCAAUUUUCUCCCAAUCCCUAUUUGCUUUCCUGUGAAAAUCUGGUGGAGAAAAAAUACUAAAAAACCCCAAAACCCACUGAAGCUGCUGCAAGCAGCCUGAGAGGAAAAAAAGUCUGAACUCAAGCAAGGCUCUUCUGACGUGUCCUAAGCAAAACAUCUGGCACCCCUGGAAGAGCCAUCCAGCCAAGGGACACAGCUGUUUUAUUCCACAGCUCACAGCAAAACAGGGCUUGUGCUUCCAGAACAUGGCUCAGCAGAAAGGGUGAAUUCUUGGAAGGGGGAGUCAGAUCUUUCUGCUGUUUAUUGCCUCUGAAUCCCCAGUUUGCUCUCAGGCUGCUCUGGUGUGAGCUCUGCUCCAUCUCCUGGCAGGAGACCAGGAGCUUUGCUCUGAAGCUGGAGCCUUGUUCAGCUGCUGUAACCCCCAGCAGGCAGCAGAGCCACUCUGGAUUUGCACAGCCAUUCCUCACAGCAGGAUCAGACCCCCAGGUUUUUCGAGGGUGGCUCUGGGUAAUUUCCUUUCCUUAAAAGGACCAAGUUCGGCCAAGGCAGAGUUUGAAUUGUGAUUUCCUUUUUUCUUUUUCCUCUUUUUUUUUUUUUUUUUUUUUUUUUUUUUUUUUUUUUUAAUCCCCUACAACUCACAGCAAAAUUUAUGCUGGUGAGAACUGCCUGAUUUACAGCUGCAGAAAAUGCUGAGCUCAGUGUCUCCACAGGCCAGACCUGAGGGGGAAAGGUUCCCCCAUGCUGGACCAUCCAUGUAAGCAGCUUCACCACUCCAGGAACCACUUCUGGUGGGGAAAGAAGGGGUAAAAGGCAAUGAGAUUAAUUUGACUCCUGUGGGCUCCACCCUCAGCCUUUCCACUAAUUGUUCCAAGGGAUUUGGGGGUACAAGUUUCAUGAGAUCCUUGUAGGAGCCAUCCAAGGAGAGCUGACACUGGCAGGCUCCAUGGGGAGCACAGUGUCCAAGCACAGCCAGAUCAGAUUCACCCUCUGUACCACCCCACAGCUGGGCCUCAGAAGAAUCAAUACCAUUUCUUUUUUCCCUGCAGUGUUUUUCUCUCUCUGCCACCUCUCUCAGCUCCUGAUUUCUCUCUAGAUUUUUUCCGUGGUACUGUUUUUUUGUGUUGGGUUGCUCAUAGCUACUGUUUAACUUUGGGGAUAAUUGGUUGCUGUGAAAGGUGAGGUCUGGGAGGACGCAGGAGGUGACCAGUUUGUUAUUGUAGGGCUGCUCAUGGGCACUGAGCUGUGCUGUCUGUCUCUGCAGCUGCAAAGCCCAUGAGACACGCAGGGUUUGGCAUGCUGAGGCUGCUCUCCAGGUAGUCCUGGCCACAGAAAUAUAAGAGAAGUAGCCCAGCAAAGGACACAACCAACACGCUGCGUGAGGCAAGGUCUGUGCAGAGUUGCUGAGGUGAUGGCAGCCAAAUAUCACCCUGUUCUGGGAGCUCUCUGGGGGUGGCUUCACGUGAACCUCUCCUGCUCAUUCCCACACCAGGGCUCUUCUCCUCUGUGGUUGCUGCCAGCAUCACCAUCCUGCUGGGCUUGGGAGGCCUUGCCCAAGGGAGGUGGCCGUGCAUCCCUGGCUCCUGCAGGACUGGGCAGGAGGUUUCUCCUCAUCUGCAAGAUCACAAGAAAUAUUGUGCUUCCUCCUCCUCCUCCUUUCUCCUUUCUCCUCUUCCUCUUCCCCCCAGCUUGAGGGCUCAGCAGGGCAGCCACAGCCACCUUUAGCUCAAUCUUCGGUCCGGUUUGGACUCAUGGGAUGAUCCAUGCUGAUGUUUUAUUGCCAGAUGUGGAGACCUAAAGCAGCUUUGCAAAGCGUGGUAGCUUCUGGGGGUAACACCAAGAGUUCAGGUUCUCCCAUCCUUCAGUCUGGGUUUGCUCAGCGCUGGGCAUCAGCUCUGAUAAGGAAAAGGGAGGUUGUGGGGCAGCACGUGGCAUCCUGGCACGUGAGGCAGAGUGAAUCUGGAUGGGGAGCAGGCAGCAGGGUGGCAGCAGGCACAAGGUGGAAGCAGCACAAACACAGGAGCAGCCUAAUUUGCUUCAUCAAUUUUGACAAUAGAAACUUGAGUUCAGGCUGGUAGUGGAGGCACCCUGGGCAUGCAAGGAGAGAAGGUCCCAGAAUCCCAAUUCAGAGCAACAAGCUGGGUUAUAGAGUUUUCCGAGCAGGAAACUCCUCAAAGAGACUCCACCAAAAGUCAGGGCAGCUGCUGAUGCCAGUGUGAUCGACAGCUUUAGUGUCUGCACAUCUGCUCCCAGAACUCCAGUUUGUGGGAGGAGGAUUGGGCUAAGACCUUUGGAGCUGAGCAGCCCCACAGGGAGGAUGCCUGGGACCAUCCCUCCAGCUGCUGUGUGUUGGGAGCACACUGCUGCCUGUAAGGGAGCUGGGAUGAAUGCAGAGGGACAUGGAUAAAAGGAGGGCUUUGCUCCUUCCUCCAAGGUGGCACUGCAGAAAAUCCAAGUGGGUGAUGAAACCCAACCACUUGGCAUGUUUCAGUGUCCCAGAUAUAAUACAGAUGAGAUUUCCAACAUCACACCUCCCAAUACAGUCUGGCCGGUCAUCCUACAGCUUGGUGGGGAAUUGCUUCUGCUGUUUUCAAUCCACACAACUUUCUUCUCUUCCUGUCCCCAACAGCCACGUGCUGUGAACACACAGCAAACUCCACCCUAAGGGCGGCUGCAUCUCAGCAGAGAUGAGGAGACACACAGUGAAUGAUUAUCAAACCCAACAGCCUUUGCUGUUGACCAUGCUAACCCUGAAAUCUUCCUGGCUCUUCAGAGAGGCGGCAGCAAAAGAAGAGCCUGGCAACCAACUCACAGAGUAGGGAGAGCUGAGCUGAUGGAGCCUGAGGCAGCCAGGACCUGCCCCUGAGCUGGGGCUGGAUCCAGCCUUGCCUGAGCACGGCAGGAGUUCCCAUCUGGAUCUCAGCUUUGCAGCCCGGGCCCUCCCUGCCCAGGGGAUUAGUGGAGCUGCGGUUCCCAGGGCGGGGAGAGGCUAAUGAACAGAGGCAGGAUAACGAAGCAGGUAUGGGCUUCCUGUACUUACGGGCUCAGGAGGAAAUCCUGCAGCUGGUGAAUCUGGAUACGAUUAGUGUCCAUUUCUCCCUGUGUAAUCAACCCAUCUGUUCAUCCUUGCGCAUCCGCCGUGCACGCCCCGCUGCAGGCAGAUGCCUCUUGGGCACUGUUUUCAUCCCCAUCGGAUGAGAGAGAACAAGACUGCCCUGAGCCCUGGCAGCGCCUGCUCCGCUCCCCGCCGGGCUCAGAGCCGGGCUGGGCUGGGCAGCCCUGGGGGAGCUGCAGCCAACACGGCCACGAUCCCAAACAGCAGGACCCAGCCCUUUUUUCCCUCCUUUUAUCCUUUUUUUUCACCACGUGCUUGAGCCUCAUGGGGCGUUUGCUCAUGGGACAAUUUUCUGGAGCGGGCGGUAUUGGAGGUUGAUUUUUUGGGAGGCUCCCAGUGCAGGAAUUCCUGCAGCUCGCCUUUGUGCCAGCCUCUGUUGGCCUUGGGUGAGUGGUUCGAUGGAGCCUGGCAUCCAGGGAAAGCCGCUGCUCUGCCCAGCUCCUCCAAAGGGCUUGGGGCAGUUCAGAGGGAUCGCUGUGACACACAGAUAAGCUCAGCUUUGCAGACUCUGCCUGCUCAUCCCAGCUCAGCUUUGCCACAGGCAGGUAAAGGUGGAUUACGCUUGGCUGCCUGGCUUCGAAGCCUUGUUCAUGCCAUGGGAUGCUGAGCACAGGACACACGGGCCCCUCAUGGUCAGGGGAGGGACUGAGCUCUCAGUCCUGCUCUGUAAGAACUCUGGGAGAGUUGACAGGUGCUGUGCAGGAUCUUGAGGGUUCAUUUCAGCUUCUUUUCCUUGCCUAUGCAAAAAACACGACAGCCCUGCAGUGGGUUACAAAUGUCAGGUAAUGCACCAGCCUGGGCUGAAAUGACAUCAAAACAGAAGCUGGUGUGUGGAUCAAUGGGUUAUUUUUUGUAGUGCAGUGUCUCAAGUUUGCAUGGCUCUUUAGGAUCUACUGAAAGGUCCAACUUGGUGACAGAGUUGGGACAAAACUCAGGGUUACAAUUCCCAGUCCUGGUGUCCUGUAUACCCAAACAAUGCCAAUUUCCACUGAAACAACUCUUACUGGUGGUCACUGGAGUGUCCUGGGUGUCUGUCACACCAAGUGCUGUCUAUGUGGAGAUGAAGGUGGUCCCUACCCAGGGGAGUUUACAUGUGCAGCCCAGUCCUCCCCAGUGUGUGGUGUUCAGGGAUCCAGGCACCUGAGCUCCUGCCAAAGUGUCACUACAGCCAGCAACAAUCUCAGGAAUGCAGCACAAGUUAAACAUUUCAUUUGCUUUCAAGGGCUACUUGUUGCUUAAUUUCUAAAUGCAGCCUGUCCUCAGCCCCUGUUACAUUGCUCUGGGCUGUUCUUCGGCUCCUAAAUCUUCUGGUUUUUGUUUGGUUUGGAAUGCACUGAUUUACCAUAUGGAAUAAAUGAAAAUCAAAAGAAAAGAGCAUUACUUGUUUGCAUAGGCCCUACAUUGUUCUGUGCUCUGCUGCUACUGAAAUAGGAGUGACAAAUCCCAAUCCCUGGACAGAGGUUUUUUGGGUGGUGGCUGUGUGCAAACAAGGCUGGGGAAGAUAAACAAGCAGAAGAAAAAUGGGUUUAGGAAAUGCCAGUUGAGAAUGGUCAAUCAACUGAUGGGUCAAAGCCAGCACAAGACCAUCAAUUAGCAAAGCCAUAUUGAUAUUGUUUCUCCAAAGCAUUUUUUGCAUCCACAAAGAGGGCUGAGAGCUGGAUCUGUGGUCAAACUUGGCUGCAGUUAGGAUUCUGUACAGUUUCUAUGUUGCAAAGGGGAGUUUUAGAAAGGAUUCUGCCUGUAGAAAAUAUGUCCACAGUUCCAGAAGGGCUCAGCCAAAAGGGUGAUGAAAAUCUGUCUGUUGGUGUCAUCGUCAGAACUGCUGGAGGUGGGAACAUUUGCUAAUCUUGCUUAUUUUAGGGGCCCUGCUUUCGGAAGCAGUUCAGUUCUGAAAAUGCAGCUCUGAAAACUCAGCUCUUAAGAGUCUCAUACAAUACAUGCCUCAGACUAGACUAAAGAGGGAUGAAUUUUUCAGACUGUAGGUUCUUGCUUGCCUAAUUAUGAUUUUCAGCUUCUUUCAAUUCAGUCUUUGCAUUGUAUAAAUGUGACACAGAAGAAAUAGCUGUGACAUUGCCUGGCAUUUUCUGUUCCAGCUGGGGAGGAACCAGCUAAACCUGCAGGGUUUCAGAGCUUGCAGAGCUGGUGUGGAAGGAGAAUUUAGUUUCACGUUUGGGAAACAAACUCGGUUCCCUGAGUAAUCUAAACUGUCACAAUCUCUCUUCCUCCAGCACCCCCAGGCCUGGGGACAGUGUCACUCUUAAGGGGUAACUUUGGCACCCUGAGGCAGUGCAGGGUUGAGCAGGAUUGUUGUAUUCAUACCAAACAUGAAUUCAAGGGAAGCAACUUUCACCAGCUCCAGUGGUUAUAUUUCUAUUGGAACCUUUCAGUAGGUUAAAAUCUCUACUAUGGGUUUUGACUUCCCUGCUCAGUUGCCUCAGCAGACACAUAAAGUGCCUGAAGAUGCACAAAAUGGCUUUUGGAUGAGCUCAGGACUGGCCAAAGCCUAAACUGGUUUGGUUUGCAGGAUUUGUGGCAGCUGCAGCUCCAAAUCCAGUCUGGGAUGGGUCCCAGAGAUGUGGAUAGAGAAGCCAUCUCUCACUUCAGAGAGUUCUCUGCCACCAUCCAGCUUCUGGAAGAGGGAGGAGAAGCUGCCCUGGGUGUGAGCAGAGCUCCAGAGCAGGGUGAGACGUGGGUCACAAACUGCUGGGCAUGUACUAGAAAGGUCAGCAAUGUUGUCAAAAACCCUGGCUUGGGGUUUGUCUGUGUUUUGUGGGCCUGGAGCCCCAGAGCUUUGUCUGUGAUGUGGCAGCUCCAUCUUCAUCCAUGGUGGGAGCGGGAAAGAACUUGGAUGGACUCUGACCUUUGUGCUUCAGGAGUGCCAACAGUGUGAAUAAUGUAUAGGAGUUCAAUUCUUCUUUCCCUGGCCGGGGGCAAAGUGUCCCAGGUGAUAGGAACUGGGAGCCAAAUCUUGUUAAAAACAGUGUUAGACUUAGACCUUCAUGAGAUCCACUGCCUCAAGCAAUUCCAUUGUUCAAACCACAUUUGGUUAAUUAGUACAUUAACUAAUAACCUUCUCAGCAUCCCAGGUAGGGAAUAUCUGUCUCCCAAAGGAGGGAACAGGCAAAGUGACUCACUAAGGCUGGAUGCAGAAGCUUAGCAAUGCAGCUGUUAAGUCUGGGUUUUUCUAUUCCCAAAUGAUUUUGUGUGACUGCUGCUGCCUUAUGCACAUAAUUUCCCUGAGACAGAAGUGGAAGAGUCCUAAAAUCUCCCAAGAGAGUGCCCAGGCCCAGUGAGGGAAGGUACCCCUGGACAAACCUGAGAAGAAACGAAUCCAUUCAAAUACUCAGAGGAGGCAAUUUGCUUCACUCACAUGCACCAACUAAGGAAUAAAACCAAAACCACUUCUCCUCAUUUUCAAGGAAAGCUUUUCUCACCACUUUGGCUUUUGACUCACAUCUUCAUCGACUCUAAAUUUCAUGAGCAAAUAGCCAGUGUGGGGAGGAGAGAGCACACGAGGAAUGGCAGUGGGGCUGUGUUUGUACAGGCUCACUGGGAUGGGAUCAGACCAGAGGGAUAAGACCUGAGGAGAUUCAGACAAACAGCCAGAGGGGAAACUUCGAUGCUGAAGAAGUUCUUCAAUUCCAACACAUGAUGAUGAGCAGCUGAUUUACACAGCUUUGCAGUGUGGUUGAAAAAAGCCCUGAGCUGAAGCACAAGGGUAGAGUUCUUUGGCUUGCCAGACCCAUGACAACACCACAGACCCUGUCUCACAAGCCCUGAUCCCAAACAGAAAGGAGAAGCUUGUUCUCUCCACCCAGCUCUGACCUGAAGGCGCUUUGUGCUUUGCCUCCUCUCAAAUGACAAUUCUCAGCUGCAAGGAUGUGUGUGCAGAGGAAUGAGAACCAACUCCUGCAUGCAGGGAUCCAUCUCUGAGGAGGAGAAUCUCACUGGGUUUAAUUAUGGGGCCACGUGAGUUAUCAGUCUGCUGGCUUCCAACCAGCCCAGCCAGCCACAGCCCUGCUCAACACUGGAAUGUCAAGGGAGUGCCUGGAAUGAGGGAAUGAGGGACCUGCUGGUGAGGUCACAGAAGGAGAAGGCAGCAAAGCAAGUGGCUGUCCUGAAGAAGGGACUCCUUUCACGACCACAGCUUAAUGCACCACCAGUUUGCUGAGCCCACAGCAGCCCAGAUUGGAGGCUACAAAAAUAUCCCUGUUCAGCAACUCCUUCCUUGUCCUUUGUGAAGCUCCAGCAUUUUAAUCAUGUUCACACCUCCCUCUCCUGACACAAACCAUCUCAGCUCCCUCCCAGGUCCACAAAACCUGUGCAUUCCUGGUCUCAUUCUCUUGCUUACACGUCAGACGCUCUCCCCUCCAUCAACUUCCCAAACGUUCCCGUUUCUUAUUCUCUGUAUUCCCAUCUUUACCCCCCUAUACCCUCAUUUGGCUAAGGUUUGUUGAAUAACCAGCUACUGCUGAGGGGCUACAUGCAGCUCUGAGUGUGCUGUUGAUGGAUUGAGCAACCCCAGCUCCAUGCAUGUCCCCAGUCCCAUAUUUCUCCAUCUCAGGACCACCAGGAAGGUGCUGCUGAUGUAGGGGCCCUGUUAUUGGGAAAGGCAAAACACCCCACAUGUGUCUUGUAAACGUGUCUCAUCCUGCUCUGUUCAUUUUCACUCAGAAUAAGGGUAAAAACAGAGUUCCUCAGGUUGUGGGGGUGCCAGAGCAGCUGAAAUUGGUUUUCAUUUUUAGCUUCAGCCUGAUAUGCUGUGUGUGGCCAUCCUUGAUCUGUUCCUAUACACAGCUAGAGCCCUUUGGUCAUCAUUCUUCAACCUGUCUUACUGGUUUUCCUAGAAGAGUAUUACACAAUAAAUGCACUAUUCUCUCCAUGCACAGGUGUUUUCAAGCAAGCCUGGUCUUCUCAAAGCCUAGUAAAAUAAACCAGACUUGGAUCUCUCAAAUACCUUCAAAAUUCCCAGACUUUGAGGUUAAUACAAAGUGCACAAACCUACUUGUGGGGUCACAUGGCUCCACAUCAAACCCAUACCAGAAAUCAGGAUAUCCUGAGCAGGUUCUCAGUGGAAUUUGUUACAGGUGAUGCUCAUUUUUAGGGACAUUUUAAUAAGCCUAAUGGAUCACAACAAAUUACUAAUAAAUCCAUAACAGUUUUCACCUGGAGAUCUUAGGUUACUUUACUUUGCCAGAAAUUGCAGUGAGGAAUAGUGGUUUUUAAAAAAAGACUAAAGACUUAACUUUUUUCACAGGAUAAUUCAAGAUGGUGCCAUUAUGCUUCUGCUCUGAAUUACUUUGCAGAGAAAUUACCCUCCCCACUGACUUGAGAAAGCUGAGCAGGUCCAGCCUCUUGUGCUUAAAUUUAUCCCAUGUGAAUAUGGAACAAAGUGCCUCAUCCUAUAGACAACCUUCCUUACAGGAUUUUCCUACAGGUCCUGUAACAUCUUCAAAGCUGUGCUGGGUUUUGGCAUUUCCAGUUCCCUGCACUCUCCAGGGAUAGGACUUCUAAUGCAGAGAUCUUACCAGUCCUAAAUCCUGGGAAUACUCCUGAUUUUCACAGCUUGUCCCAUCUACAGAAGCAGAAAGCCCAGGGGUGUUUGAUUUGUGUCCUCCUAAGAGUUUUCCAAUGCUGGGUACUCCCAGACAGAUUUGUGAGAUGUUUGCCUUCCUCUAAAACCCUGGUUUGUUUUGGUGAGGAUUUGGAGGAACAUAAUGCCUGUGGUGGAGGGUGGAAUUCAUCUGUGUGUCUUGUUGGAUGCUAACAGGGACUUCAGCCCUGUGCUUUCGGGAGAAGAGGGUCCAGUGAGAGGCAUCUCCGGUUCCUCAAGCCAUGGGUGCAUUGCCCGGAUGGGCAGCGGUGGUGCUGCUCCGUGGAAGGGCAGCAAGAUAAAAGUCGUGGAGCUCACGAGGCUUUUUGUGGGCACAAGGUCCUUCUGGAGAGAUCCUCUGUUUCUGAGGCAGGCACGUCCUGGCGGGACUGAGAGCGAGCAAGGAAAGCUCGGGUCGCUGCUCCCGCGGGUGCCUUUGGGCUCCGGGCUGUGGAGGCCACGCUGUCCCCAAGGCCGGGUUCCUCUCCCCCUCUCUGCGGCUGUUAUUUACACCAUUUCCUGCCCAGGGAAGUUCAGGAGUUUGACGUUACUGGCUUGGUUUCCGCUCUCCUGCCCGGCUCCCUUCGGGAGCUCCCGCAGAGCUCAGCAGCAGCCGGGCCGGACCGCGCGGGCGGGAUGGCGGUGCCAGGCUGGCCCAGGAAGGGAAGUGUCACCCAUGUCAGGCCGGACAACUCGGGCUCAACUGGCUUGGGAGGGCUGGAAAACCAGCCCUGUGUCCAUCCCUCCGGCUCAGCCCCGCUGUGGGACUGGACAGGGCCGGCAGGAGGAAGGAGGACGCGCCCGGGCAUGGCUGCAGAGCUUUUGGGUUCCUGCCGAAUUGACGCCCUCCCCUCUCCCCCCUCAUCCUUCCCGCCUGGCCUGCGUCUCCCCUCCCUUCCCUUCUCCCUCCCAUCCCGCAGCAAACAAAAUGGCUGCUCCAUGGCCAUUUUGUUUCCCGUCUGGAAGGGGGAAGCCGGGACGCUGGGACUUGGCUCUUUUUUGGAGGCUGCGGCCAUGUCCGAGCCCAACUCUCCCGUCUCUACGUGGCACCGGCUGUAGCAAGAGAGAGAAAGGGAAAAAAAAGAGAGAGAAAAAAAAAAAAAGGACAUUUUGGAAUGAAACCAAAGGCAGAGGCAGAGAGUGGGUAGUUUUGGCGUAUGUUGAGCACUGAAAAUGCCUGGAAUUGCCAAACUGAGCUUUUGUAUGAGCAGCGUAAGGGCUACUCGGUGCACGCAGAGCCGCGGGGCUGCACGGAAUAGCCGGACGGAAAGACAUGUGGAGAGAAGCAGACACUUCCAGAGCGGAGCUGGGAAGGAGAGCAGAAAGAGGUGAAAUGGCUUUCCUUGCACAGAAAGGUAUUUGAUUUGCCUCCAUAUGCCCUGGGCUUGUUUGCAGACAGACAAUAGAGAGAAUGGCAGGGCCACGGUGGUCCUGGAGCUGGGGCUGCACGGGCGGGCGCUGGGCGGGUGCUUCAUGGUGCAAAUGUAAUGUUCUGGUCCAGAUCUACAUUAGAGGUGGACAUUACCUGCACACCUUUCAUGAGCAGCUUAUGAAUUCAACGUUGAGAAGGUUAACAGUAUUAACAGAAUAGUUUUACAGAGUAUUACG